UCAGAAGAGAAGACAAGACGAGAUGGAGGGAGAUCCACCGCGACUCAGCUGGUCAGGCGGCGCGCCCAGAUCCGGCCUUGCUCUGGCCGUCGCCGAUGAGCUGCGCCCAGUUCAGCCAUGGCGCGACCGAGCAGGCGAGGAGGGAGACUAGCUAGGAGUUUCCCCCCUCUCUAUCUCUCUCUUGGGGGGCGCCGCCCUUCAUCUGCUCCCGCGAUGGCGCCGGAUCCACAUCCACAGCCACGGCGCCGGCACCCAUGGAGUGACCGUGUGCUUCUUCUCCAUGGACAUGGAGCUCCCACAACACACCAUGGAAGGCCUGGAGCUCCUUCUCACGGCAGGUGCACCGCGUACAGGAGGGAAGACCAACGCUCCUCCGGAUCUGCUUCUUCCCGGGUCGCCGUUGCUCCACGGAAGGCGGAAAGUCAUAGAAGAUGGCUCAUUAGCUUCAAACAGAUCAGUGGUUACUGAAUCAGUCUCAAAAUCUUGUUCCUCCGCAGAAGUGAAAGAUGAAGAUGUUGCAAUUGCAGUUGUGAUUGAUGCAGCUGAACUUAAAUGGGAAGAGCAGUCAUUUAGGAGAGGACAAGCUCCUGGAAGGUUUACAUCAGGACGCCAUAAUGGCCAUGGAUCAUCAGAAAGGGAGGCACCUCCACCCGGCUAUGUGUGCCGCAGCUACGGAGUUCCAGGCCAUUUCAUUCAACAUUGCCCACAGGAAAACCAGACGCCUCCACCUGGAUAUACCUGCUACAGAUGUCGGGUUCCAGGGCAUUUUAUUCAGCAUUGCCCAACCAUUGGCGGUUCCAGGGCAGUUUAUAUUUACUGUGAUACUCUGAACAUCAGGACCAUGUGGACUAAACUUGCAUGUGGGUGCACCAAGGCGAAGGUCCCACUCAUCAAGGGAUAACAACUAAUUGGUCAGACUUUGUGAAGACAGGGGUUGGAUAAUUUGGAGAAUGUCUUUGCGUUCAAGGCUAAAAGGGGCAAAGUGUCGUUCGUUGUCUACCUGUUUUGACAAGGUUGGUUACAAGGUUGUCAUCAUACUAUCCAUGCAAAUGUUUCCUGUGAUUUCAUCUGCUAAACAAUGAUGCAUUAGCAGAACUAUAUAGGUUCAUUGUGAGCGUUCGCUUGGACUUAUCUCACACUGUUGAUCUGGCUCGCUUUGGUUAUGUAAUAAGCCAACUAUUGUAUCUACUUAGUGUUGAUCCAUCAGCUUGGCUUACUUUUGGAACAUACUACGUAUUCCCCCAUUUGUCAUGAACUUUUAGAUCUAAUGUUUCAUGCUUCUCGUA